GAGAGGGAGAGAUGGAGAGCGACCGAACAAGGGAAGAGGUGUAGAUGUCGCACCCUCUCUCUGUCCAGAGAAUUUUCAGGGAGGACCGGACAGCAGGAAGAGGGAAAUGGGAGAGGAAUUUACUUUGGACCUGUCGACACCAUCCUGGACUGGGCCGUAAAAACCAGUAAAUUAGCAGGGCAGAGGAGGAUGAAUCAACAGAGACAUUCCUACACUGUUUGACGUUUGCAAGGGUUUUGGGGUGUGUGUGUGUGUGUGUGUGUUCGGUGAGUUAUCUGCUUGUGAUCCUGCUUUUGUGUAGAUUUAAUAUCGACUAGUUCUGUGUAUGGUUGAUGGUCAAGGUGUGUGUCUAGUUACCUGGAGAGACUGAGCCAGCCGUCUGCUCCUGUGGGUUUUGUUACCUGAACGCCACCGGCUUGGCAGCGGGACAGCAAUCACCUUUAGAAUAGGACAGGGUCCAAAACCUUAUCAUUGUUCUGAGGAACUGUAAAGGCGGUGUGUUUCAAAGAUGUGUGUGGUUCUGUGGAAGUCUUGUCUCGGAGUAGGAGGGGCCAGAAGAGGCACAGGUGAGAUAUAAAAGCAGGCUUGUGUGUGUGACCGUGUGUAUCUGAGGAUCACACUCACUCACCUCUCGUCCGUCGGCGUCUGUUGACCGGAGAACAGACUUGGGGAUUAUCGGACAGUUGAUGAGCUUUAGGGCACUGCCAUUGUCCAGGGGUUCAACACACACAGAGGAGAACUUUUGAACUUGGCUGCAGUACAGAUUGUGCAGUACAGACAUUAUAGUACAGGACAGAACUUUGGACCUGUUCUCGCUGUGGAUACGCUUGUUGUCUCGCACUCAGUCUUCACCUCUCCAACUCAUGACAACUGCAAGGACUCGGACCACAGAAGAUACGCCUGGAGCUCUGACUGCCAUUCACAACUAGACCUCAACAACAAUGGAACCCCUCCUUCAUAACAGCUUAUAAGCUAUCAUAACAACCUGUGGCUCUUCAACAGUUCCUGUCCCGUUCAAACAAGGGAGACCUUGUUUGUGGGAGAACGGAGCGAACCAACCUGCCCACAGGGGGGGGAUCAUGUAUGUGCUUUGCACCCUGGUGGUACUGAGUAUCCACAGCCUCUUUAAGAGCCGACACAAGACCCUGGACCCCGGCGACAAAGAGGCUGGAGAAGGGGAAACGUUGCCUGGGGACAAAGCCCCUCCGCUGGGGGAGGGAGGCAGGGUAAGGGACCCCGGUCCUGGAGGUCUUGGAGGGGUUGUGGGACCCAGGGAGAGGGAGAGAGGGGUGACUGUAGCCCUCUCUCAGGGGAAGAGGCAGAGGGCUGUAGACUGUAAGGCUGCAGGCUGCAACCGCGCAAACAAACGUAGAGGUGACCGGGAGCUGCGCUGCAGCCAGGGCAGGCUGGGAUGCGGAGGAGGCAGCCUGGAGAAUGUGCCGGACAGCAGAAAACAAUUGCAGCCGGUCCAGAGACCCAGUGCUUUGCUCAGCCCUGUGGUCAUGUUCGGAACAAGAAAGACCUGGGACCUUGGCCACGCCCCCUGUCUGCAGGAGCUCUGGAAGAAAGACGUCUCAUUGGAUGCGAGCUCAGUGGACUUCUUGAUGAGUGAUGGUGAGGAGGACUGCUCCUUCCUGUCUCUACCCACAGCCGCUUUCCCACAACGUACCGCUCUGACAACUACUGACCAAUUAGAAACCAGCCAGCACAAUCACAAAGAACAGCUACUCAUACAGACACUGCAGGAGAAAGUCUGCGAGUUCCAGGCGCGUCUGCGACGCCAGGAAGCUUCCCGGUGUCUGCAGCUGCAGAGGCCGCAGCAGAGUCACCAACAGAGUCUUCAGGAGAAGACGAGCCUCAUACACAGGCUACCGGAGGAGCUGCACACAGCACUGCCCAGCGGUGUUCGGGCAGUGCAGAGGCUGGCUGAGCCACAGGAGCAGCAGCAGCACAGCAACUGUCUCAUUCAGGAAGGAGAGCAGCUCAUCGCAGCGCUGCGCACACAGGUGGGGGAGCUGGAGGAGAAGCUGCCAGACCAGACCCAGGAGGUGGAGAGACUGAGCUCGGGGGUGGGGGCGACCGACCUGGAGAAGCACCUGGAGCUGCUGGUGGUCGAGAACGAGCGGCUGAAGCAGGAGCUGAAGGCAUGCAAGACCUCACUGCUCCAGGAGGCUCCUCCACCGGCCUGCACAGCCACUGACUGCCCCCACAGCCAGGAUGUGGAGGCCUUGUGUGAGGAGGUGUCUCUCUGGGAGAGCCAGACCAGACCUAGGCAGAGGAGGCUGGCUGAGUUGGAGCAGCAGGUCCUGGAGAAGGCCAGCCGGGUGGAGACGCUCAGCCGACAGCUGGAGGAGUCCAAGCUCCACGCGGGGGAGAUGCAGAGGCAACUGGAGGAGUCCAAGUGUCAGCAGGGGGAGGUGGAGCAGCAGCUGAGCGUCCGGCUCAGAGACUGUGAGGAGGAGCUGGCCAGACAGGGCGCCCGGACCCAUCCGGUCAAGUAUGUGACUGAGAUAGUGGAGGUGGAGUCGUCAGGGUCUCAGCAGGCGGUAACCGAGGCCCAGGCCAAGAGCGCCGCCCUGCAGGAGCAGCUAUCACUGCAGAGACAGCUGCUCCGAGAGCUGGAGACACAGCUGUAUGAGUCCCAGAGGACCAGCACCCAGCUCCGAGCUCAGCUGCGUGCGGACCGCAGCCGUAUCUGCGGCCUGCUCUCCAAGGCCGUCGGAAGGGGCAAUGGCGAGAUCAUUUGCAGGUUGUCUAAGAUCCUGGUGUACGAGGGGGAGAUGGAGCGGGCCCAGGGCCAGUUGGAGGCUGAAAUGCAGAACCUGGAGGAAGAGAAGAACAGGGUGAUCGAAGAGGCCUUCAUCAGGGCUGAAAGUGAGAUGAAGGCCGUGCAUGAGAACCUGGCAGGUGUGCGUAUGAACCUUUUGACGCUUCAGCCAGCCCUGCGUACUCUCACCUGUGACUACAACUGUCUGAAGAGGCAGGUUCAGGACUUCCCCUUCAUGCUGGAGAAGGCCAUGGCCGAGGCCAAGCAGGAGAUCUGCCGGGUGAUAGGCGAGGUGAGCAGUGCCAACCAAGAGCUAGUGAGGAAGUACAAGAGAGAGAUGAACCUGAGGAAGAAAUGCCACAACGAGCUGGUGCGCCUCAAAGGUAACAUCAGGGUGUUCUGUCGGGUGCGGCCGGUGUGCCGGGGGGAGCAUGAUUCUGCCGAAAACAUGGUCAGCUUUGACCCAGAUGACGAUGCCCUUCUCUACCUCUCCAACAAGGGCAAACUGAUGACCUUUGAACUGGACAAGGUGUUCCACCCUCAGGCCACGCAGGAAGGGGUGUUCCAGGAGGUCCAGUCCCUGGUGACAUCCUGUAUUGAUGGCUUUAACGUAUGCAUCUUCGCCUACGGACAGACAGGCUCAGGAAAGACCUACACCAUGGAGGGUGUGGCCAAGGACCCGGGCAUUAACCAGAGGGCUCUCAGACUGCUGUUCUCUGAGGUGACUGAGAAAGCGCCCGACUGGGACUUCAAGAUCACUGUUAGCAUGGUGGAGAUCUACAACGAAACCCUACGGAACCUUUUGGGGGACAACCAGGGUGAGAAGCUGGACAUCAAGAUGAAUCCAGAUGGUAGCGGUCAGCUCUAUGUGCCGGGCCUCACGGAGUUCACUGUCCAGAGCCCUGAGGACAUCAACAGGGUGUUUGAGCUGGGUCACAUGAACAGGGCCACAGCCUGCACCAAUCUGAACGAACACAGCUCCCGCUCUCACGCCCUCCUCAUCAUCACCGUAGCAGGCAUCAACUUCUCCACCGGGCACCGCACGCAAGGUGUACACACACACACACACACAAUUCCUGUACCGGACAUCGUACACACACACACAGAGACAGACACACAGUCAUUCAGGAUUUUAUCUCUGUACACCCCUCUACUAGGUAAACUGAACCUGGUUGACCUGGCUGGCUCAGAGCGGAUUGCUAAAUCCGGGGCAGAGGGCAGCCGCCUGCGAGAGGCCCAGUGCAUCAACAAGUCCCUGUCGGCCCUGGGUGACGUCAUCAAUGCACUGCGGAGCCGACACUCCCACGUGCCCUUCAGGAACUCCCGGCUCACCUACCUGCUGUCUGACUCACUGAGCGGGGACAGCAAGACCCUGAUGAUGGUGCAGGUGUCUCCCCUGGUCUGUAACAUGAGUGAGUCGGUGUGCUCUCUGAAGUUUGCCCAGCGGGUUCGGACCAUCGAGCUGGGCAACGCCACCAGGAGACAGUGGGAGAACUCCUCCACCACCUCCUCGCCCACCCACGACAGCGUGGAGAUGGACUCUCCCCCAGUGACUCCCAUGCCCCUCCCUAUCUCCCGGGCCAGCAGUGCCGGCUCCACCCUCUCCGCCUCCUCCAAAACCCCCACCACACGACGGAGGUCUCAGUCCCAGCUCUCUGCAGACAGGCUGUUAGGCAGAGCCAGCCCAUUGGUGGUGGACGGUGGGCAGGACGAUUGAAACUGUCUGUCUGAAGGCUCCAAUGGAUCCAGAAUGAACCCGGACCCUGACCCAGUCAGCCAUUGGGCCUUCUGAACAGGAGGGUGUUAACCAGCACCUUGACCCACCAAUAGGUUGUUCCCAAAGCAGAGUUUCUAUCUCCUUCUGCUGAUCUCACUCAGCCAAUGGGUGAGAGAAACUGGACUAGACUUAUUAUCAUAUUGAGAGAAUGGUGACAUUUCAUUUAUUGAGCUGUUUGAACAGCAUAGGGAUGAAGAGGGGGAUACGAACUUUGACCCUCGUGGAAGGACCAUACCAAGACUCUGUCCCGAUGCUCUAAAAUGGCCUCCAAGUCUCAUUUUCUUCAUUACCACUGAUAGCUGACAGGAAUGGAUAGGUGUUAAUUUUAGCCAGGAAUGUUGUACAGCCCCCCAUAUCUUAACUACGUGUCCUCGUUUAUACACCUCAAGGAACACAACACCCCAGACUGCAAGUGACUACAGGACACACCUGUCUGUCUUCCACACCUGACUAGGGGCCAAAGUGGAGGAGCACCUGAGAGUAACACAGGGCCCUGUCCUAAAAACAACUCUCAUUAAAAAAAAACUAUACUCUUCACAGCCCAGAACAACUCCACCACACCUUCACCUUUGAGCCUUCAACUGGGCCUGUGAUCUAUUCUCCCAUUGGCCAAUGUAUUGUCGGCCCCUUACAAUAACGUCACACUCACACCCUUAGUGCUAACCAAUCCCUUCGUCCCAUCAUCCACUAACAGUAUAGCCCUUUCAAUCACAGUAUUUCUGGGUAAAAAUGCACUUAAAACCAGGCUGAUACCUUCUUGAUGUGUUUUACGGAUUAUGAUAAUAUGCAUAUACUGUAUAUAUCUGUGUUUGAGAUGUUUCUUUUUUAUCCCUUUAGACUCCAUUGUGGGUUUUUGGGGGUUGGGGGGUUACGAGGGUUCCCUCCUGGUCUCCUUCCACACUUUCUCCCCCUCAUCCAAUCAGGGAUAGAUAUGGAGCUGGGCUUCUUUUGCCCUGUAGGAUGCAAGCAAUAAGAGACGUGACUGCAGAGAGCGUUUAACUUCCUGUGUAGCCGUUUGUGUUUUAGAUUAGAUUUCUCCAGGGCAAUACAGAGCCGCCUCAGCCACUGCAUGGAAACGUUCAUGUUGUCGUGUUUCUUCUACCGAGUGAAUAAAGCUAGACAACUCAAACUCCCUGCCAGACAGGAAAUGCCAUUCCUGUUAUUGGAUGCUGCUGGUUGAAGUUGCCCAGAGGCACAGAUCUAGGAUUAGUUUCUUCUACCCAAAUUCUAAGGUUAUUCAAUAGGGACACAACAUAUAACAGACCCUAGAUCUGCAUCCAGGACAGCUUAAUCCUACUCCCUAUGGCUGACCACAAGCAACCAAUGACAACGGAUUGCCUCACGGAACAGACACUGCUGCCCCUGAGGGAGUGAUCAAGCUUGUGAACUGUAUUUGAGAAUGCAUUGUGUAAAUAGGAAUGCUUUGUACAUUUGAUCAGCUGAUCAAUACAUAUCAGCUCAUCGACCGUGUGUCUUCAAUGUUAAACCAAUGUUCCCUCCAAUACCAGGAUGUCCGAGGAACAUUGAGGACACGCUGCAUCGUGGUGCUUGUUGAUGGAUAUCCCUACUUGCUUUUGUCUUUGUUGUUGUGGAAACCUUCUGCGGCAUUCUUGAUUUUGUUACACCCUUUUUUUAAUAAACACUCAAUACGAAAUUAAA